AACGACGAGACACACGCAACAGCCAACAAACAACACAACCACCGCAACCACCCAUCAUGCCCGCGAUCCGACACUCGUCCAAGAGAAAGCCUCCGCCGGAGGGCUUCGAGGAUAUCGAAAGCGAUCUGCUCGUGUUUGCGAACAAGAUGAAGGAUGCGCAGAACAAGCCCCCACCAGCAGGACCCAGGCAUCAAGCCCAGUGGGAAAUCUUUCAGAUCUCGCAUCAGCGCAGUCGAUACGUCUACGAGUUAUACUACGAGAAGGAGGCGAUUAGCAAGAAGUUGUACGACUUCCUCCUAAAGAACGGCUACGCGGACGCCAUGUUGAUCGCAAAGUGGAAGAAGCAAGGCUAUGAGAAGCUCUGUUGUUUGCGCUGCAUCCAAACAAAGGAGACAAAUUUUAACAGCACCUGUAUCUGCCGAGUACCGCGAGCGGAGAUGAAGGAGGACCAGGACAUCCAGUGCGUCAGCUGCGGCUGCAGAGGUUGCGCAUCGAGCGACUAGACAUGGCGAGCUCAAGUUUUAACACCGGACGGGUAUGGGAAAUUAAGACUAAAAACGAAACCAAAAGAGACGGCGUUUGGCGCAACAGGGAAGUUAUCAGAUCAUGGGGUCUACGACUGACUGGUGGAAAGCGAUGGAGGUCGACAUGAUGAGGUAGAAAUCCUUUUAUUUGGCC